AUGGGCAUGAUUCUGCUCCCUGUUUUCACCCUCCUGUUACUGAUUUGUUUCUGCAACUCCAAGGAUCGCCUAACACCUGCAAAGCCACUCUCCAUCGACGACAGGCUCAUCUCAAAUGAUAGCAUCUUUGCUCUUGGCUUCUUCUCCCCGAAAAACUCAACUGCAAACUCAUAUGUCGGCAUAUGGUACCACAACAUCCCCGAGCGAACAUAUGUGUGGGUCGCAAACCACGACAGCCCUAUCACUGGCAGCUCCUCUGACUCCAAAGGAAGCACUCUUUGGACAACCACGAACAACAUCACCACUGAAGCCACCGGAGCUGCUGCCAUGCUGCUGGACUCUGGGAACUUGGUUAUCAGGUUGCCGAAUGGCACAGAUAUAUGGCAGAGCUUCCAUCACCCAGUCGACACCAUUCUCCCAAAUAUGAGUUUACAGCUGAGCAACAACAACAACCUCUCCACGCACCUCGUUGCCUGGAGAGCCCCUGAUGACCCAUCUACGAGUGACUACUCCUUGGGUGGUGACUCAAGCCUCCAGAUCCUCGUUUGGAAUAGGACGAGGCCAUACUGGCGCAGGGCUGCGCUGGAUGGUGUAUUGGUCUCUGCCAUGUAUCAGAGGGAAUCAGGUCCCAUCAUGUCCCAAACAAUUGUCAACAGAGGUGGUGAGUUUUACUUGACGUACACUGUCUCUAACGGCUCACCAGGCAUGCGCAUGGUGCUGCACUACAUGGGCAUGGUGAAAUUCCUGGCGUGGAACAACAACUCAUUAGCUUGGGAGGUUUUCUUUGAGCGGCCCGGUCCUAGCUGUGACUGCUAUGCUUCAUGCGGCCUGUUUGGCUAUUGUGAUACCACGCAUGCAGUUGCGACAUGCAAGUGCCUUGAUGGAUAUGAAUCUAUUGGUCUUGACUUUUCCCUAGGAUGUCAGAGAAAGAAGCAGCUGCAUUGUGGUCAAGGAGAUAGUUUCGUUACCUUGCUUAACAUGAGGACUCCCGACAAGUUCAUGGUCAGCUCACUACUACCAGUUUUGCUCUCCCUACUUUAG